UAUUUGAUUAAAUGAUGUAGAAAUGUAUUAGUUUAUUAAUCUUGAGUCAGCUUUAUUAGGCAACCGCAAUAAUGGUGUCGUAGGCAACCGGAGAAACGUGUUGGUGAUAUGAUAGAUUUGUUGACUCGUUAAGUGAUUUUUCUGCGGAAAAUUGUAAAUAUCCGCCGAUCGCAUGUUCAUGCUCGUUUCCAGCUGAUCGAUGAGAUGCUGAUCAAGAUGCUGGUCACCAAGCUGAAAUCUUUCGUUUUAUUCUUCGUGAACAUCUUCAGGAGAGCCCUGUGCUGCUUCAGGAGGCGCCGACGACCGUCGACGGACGCUGAGCCCCUCGUCAACAUUGUGGUGACGAAGAACGACGGUGAACAGGAUGGGGACAUGUGGAACGACUGGGAGUUCAAGAACAAGAAGCCGAGCAAUGUGCAGGAGCACAUAGAGUAUUACAGGCAGCAGCAGGCCAAGCAGUUGAAGCAGCAGACCGAAGAGGAACUGGUGGAGGAAGAGCCUGUCGAUUUGUUCGGUGACAUGGCCCCAAAGAUAACGAGGCAGCAGAAGCUGCUGAUCUCCAACAGCGAUAAGAGCAAGGGUUACAGCUUGGAAGCAUCGAAUGAGGCCAGUGAAUUCAUGGGAAAUGAAUUGGAGAAUUGGGGAGAGAAUUCCGGAUGGGAGAAGGAUGCUUGGGACACGGACGAACUGUUGAGGCAAAAGAAGAAGGAGGAGAGGGAGCGGAGGCAAUGGGAGCUGCAGCAGAAGAGACUGGAGAAGGGCAACAAACCUAACGCUUUGGGUUCGAAAAUAGCCACAUGAUAUUCGAUGUCCAAACGUCGUCAUUGAUAUAUUUCUGUGCGACACAAGAGUAUGUGUGUUGGUGUAUAUAUAUAUGCAGGAUUCCCAAAGUCGUUUUCUGUUCAUUUUCUUUUUAAUCUUUAUGUGAUAAGUCUAUUAUUAUUAUUAGUAGUAAUGGAGACUAAUUUUUUGAUUCCUUUCGCUUUUCGUUCGAGAAUGUAAAGUCUACGUUUUGAAACGAAACAAAAAAAUACAUGUAAAACAUUUCAUAAAAUAUAAGUUUUAUUCUU